AUGCAGCCACAUGUAGCCAAACUACCGCUGAUCCACAGGACACCGUUUUCUGUGGAGGAUAUUUUAGAUCCCACAAAGUUCACAAGGAGAAUAAACCGCGCUGAGGAGCCUACAGGCGCGUCUGUUCCCAGAGAUGAACCCAAAGAGCAGCAGCAACCUGCGGCAGGUGGAAGCUGCAGCCCGGAGGAGGACGCUCCGUGUCCGGGGAAGCUUCAGAGCUCGAAGGCGAAAAGCCGACGGAUCCGCACCGCUUUCACCCUGGAGCAGCUGCAGAUCCUGGAGCACAGCUUCCAGAGGUGCCACUAUCUGUCGGUGCUGGAGCGGCACACCAUCGCCUCCGCCCUGCGCCUCUCCGAGACGCAGGUGAAGAUCUGGUUCCAGAACAGACGCACCAAGUGGAAGAAGGAGCGGCUGCAGGGGCCGGAGGCUGAGGAGGACCACGACUUCACAGCAUCCUUUCCCUCACAUGCGGCUGUCUGUUCAUCGCUGCCCUUCAGUCCUCUCUACCGCCAGCAGCGCGCUCCGCUGCAGCUGUUCGCGCCGCUGCCGCUGCUGCCGUAUCACCAUUAUUAUACAUGA